UAUUUUUAUAAAUAAAAUACCGUUCGAAUGUGUUAGAAAUGCGCGGUCGAUUUCGAACGCAAGUGCUCAAUGCGGAAGUUCACGAGCGGUAUUUCUCGCUCAACGUUCCACAGAUAUGUGUUUCAUUGUAACCUCUUGUCGCCAGUAGCCUGGUAAUCAGCACUUUGAUGUGCUUCAUCCAGACGUGGUCUAGCGGGAUACAUCUUAACUGGUGUUUAACGAACGAAGUUGACAAAAGUAGCUGGUACAUUCAAAAUGGCUUCCUCUCUGUCGCUUCCCAUUCCCUCUUAAGUUCCUAUGUUUGCUUCUGAAAAGUAAGUUAAGGGGACAACACACAAACCAGUAUUAAGUAUACUGUCGUGUUGGACCAGGUUUUGUUGUUUCAUAAUAUUGCUCAGUUAAGGCGCCCGCAUACUAGCUUAAGUGUGCUUAUAGCACAACUCAGCUAUGUGUCACGAACGUCUGUACCUCGUAUACUCUCUUAUAACACCUUUGCUUGAAAAAUAUUAAAUUGUUUGCCUCUUGAGACGCCGUAGCAACAACAUAACCAGCCACUUCCUCAAACUAGUACAAAUUAAUUGAAGACAAAAUCAAGAAAUCUGUAAUUCAUUUUGACCUUUUUUCUAAGGGUAUUAAGGCUUCUGCAUGCUUUGGUUUGGCUGGCGCCUAGUCAAACAGAAACGAGUGUGCUUGCAUACUCCCUUAAGACUUUUGCUUGAAAAAUGAGAAAAGCAGCAAUAGUACUGUUUAUCCAUCUUGGAACGCUGUAUGUAGCCAGUAUUCGCUUCCUCAAAAUAGUCAGAAUUCAUCUAAGAUAACCUUAAAUAUGUAUGACCGAUUUGUUGAGUUAUGCCAAGGAGAUCUUAGUUGCUCAAUUUUACAUCUAACCAGUUGCAGUGCAUGGGUAAAAUCACUGGAGAAGCCCCCCCAAAAGCCAUAUAACAACUUACACUGUUUGUUUAAUUGCAGUGUUUGCUGUUAAUUCAUAUGCCUUGUGAAUGUGAUAUAUAUAUAUUAGGCCUAAAGGCAGUGAUCAUAAGACAGUGGCAGAAUAAAUUCAACCACACCUUAGUUUAAUAACAAAACCGGAUAACCUAUGUCCGGUGAAGUCGACCACACAUAUUUCAUGUAACAUACGGUUACAUUACCUACAGUAUGGUUAAGCGAGUUAAUGUUUCCAACAUUUUUGGACCACUAAACUACAGAUUUAGAACCUCGGUGUUACCACAAGUCGCAAAGAAAACAGGAACUGCUUCCACUAUUCCAGCUGCAUUUCAACUUCAACAUCAUCAAAUCACCUCUGCUUAGUCUAAUACAGUGACAACUAAAAGAUACCAAAAAACUAUUUAGUCCAAUCAACAUCAGCUAAAUAUGAUGUGGCUGUCCAUAGUUCUGAUUUCUGUUUGCACACGCGUCUGUGCACGUGUGUUGUGCAAGUAGAAAAACAUGUUGACUCACCCUACUUGUAGAGAAAUGCCAAUGUCAUCCUCUCAUGUUGAUGAAACGGUAUAUCACUGUCAUACAGUACACGCUUGUAUUUUUUGUUGUCCUAGGCUAGCCUUCUACAUCUAGCUACUGUACAUAUUGAACUUCCAUCCUCUCAGACCAGGUGCACAACAAUGUAUGAAUUAAAGGUUGGAUCACAAUCGCCAUUAUAAUCAUUGGCGAGUACGGAGUAUUAAGUAAAACCACAAGUCCAAAUCCCUAUAAAGGUUAAAUAAUAAUAAAAAACAUUUAAAAAAAUCUAAUUCUAAUUUAUGGAAGGGUCAAUUUGAUCUAGUUAGCCCCCGGAGGACAACAACACAAUGAGAUGCAACAAUUCAAGUUGUUUCUGUUAAUGACUUAUGCUCAAAGGGAUUUGAUAGGAAAGAAGCCAAAUCCAAGCUGGCUUCCCUUGACACUUAAUAUUUUUCGCCAGGACCAUUCACAGUUGAGCUUGCAUAGUUUAGCUCAACGCUGAUUGGCUAAUCUGUUUCGCUCACUUGGAUGCUUUCUCCUGUGCGAAUUGAAGGAAAAUUAUGAAACUCAGAGAGACGAGAGAGAAAGAAUUUGAUGUUAUAUUUCUGAGGGAGGGUUACAUUUUUAGGGGAAGCCUGGCUUCCCUUGGCGUCAAUGAAUACAUGCCACUGCAUCUAACUAAGAUGUUUAAUGCAGUAUUUCUCAUCUAUCGAAGAAAGACAAACACUUCAUUGAAGAAUCCCUACUGUUGACCAAUGACCAACGAAGGAGAAUUGUUUUUUUGUGCACGAACAGCCAAAAAAACCUUGCUGAAGAACAAAACUAACAAAAUGUCAUAAUCCAGUGCAUUCGGAAAGUACGUUACAGGCUUAUUCUAAAAUGUUAUGUUACGGCCUUAUUCUAAAAUGGAUUAAAUAAAAAUUUUGAAAUCCUCAAAUCUACACACAAUACCCUAUGACAAAGCAAAAACUGUUUUUUAGAAAAGUUUGCAAAUGUAUUAAAAAUAAAAAACAUACCUUAUUUAUAUAAGUAUUCACACCCUUUGCUAUGAGACUCGAGAUUGAGCUCAGAUGAAUCCUGUUUCCAUUGAUCUACUAACUUGGAGUCCACCUGUGGUAAAUUCAAUUGAUUGGACAUUAUUUGGAAAGGCACACACCUGUCUAUAUAAGGUCCCAAGGUUGACCAGUGCAUGUCAGAGCAAAAACCAAGCCAUGGGGUCGAAGGAAUGGUCCGUAGAGCUCCGAGACAGGAUUGAGUCGAGGCACAGAUCUGGUGAAGGGUACCAAAACAUGUCUGCAGCAUUGAAGGUCCCCAAGAACACAGUGGCCUUCAUCAUUCUUAAAUGGAAGACUUUUUGAACCGCCAAGACUCUUCCUAGACCUGGCCCCUGGUCAAACUGAGCAAUCGGGGGAGAAGGGCCUUGGUCAGGGAGUACCUAAGGACUCUGAUGGUCUGAUGAAACCAAGAUUGAACUCUUUGGCCUGAAUGCCAAGAGUCACAUAUGGAGGAAACCUGGCACCAAGCCUACGGUGAAGCAUGGUGGUUGCAGCACCAUGCUGGGGGAAUGUUUUUCAGCGGCAGGAUUGAGCGAAAGAUGAAUUAAGCAAAGUAAAGCGAGAUCCUUGAUGAAAACCUGCACCAGACCUCGGACUGGGGCGAAAGUUCAACUUCCAAGUAGAACAACGACCCUAAGCACACAUCCAAGACAACGCAGGAGUGGCUUCGGGACAAGUCUCUGAAUGUCCUUGAGUGACCAAGCCAGUGCCUGGACUUGAACCCAGAGAGACAUGAAAAUAGCUGUGCAGCGACACUCCCCAUCCAACCUGACAGAGCUUGAGAGGAUCUGCAGAGAAGAAUGGGGAAAAACUCACCAAAUACAGGUGUGCCAAGCUUGUAGUGUGAUACCCAAGAAGACUUUAGGCUGUAAUUGCUGCCGAAUGUGCUUCAACAAAGUACUGAGGAAAUGGUCUGAAUACUUAUGUAAAUGUGAUAUUUCUGGGGAUUUAAAAAAUAUGUACAUUUACUAACAUUUCAACAAAAAAAAUGGUGUUUUUUAUGUCAUUGAUGGAAAAAAUAUUCAAGCCAUUUUAGAAUGAGGCCAGGUCUUAAUACUUUCCUAAUGCACUCUGAUGGGAAGCAUGCGGGCAAUUAAAAAUUUUGCUAAGAUUUUUGUGCAGUAUUUCUCAAGUGAAAAAAAAUGCAUAAACUAAAACUAGUAGUCUCUCGUUGAAUGACAAACAAUUCAAAAAUCCCGUCCUUAGUUCCCACUCCUGCUAGGAGUAGUACUGUUGACCAAUAACCGACGAAGGGGCGUAAAAUUCGGCUACUAAAGUUCGAACUGCAGCAAUAAUUUGUGUGCAUGAACACCAAAACGAAGAAAACUGUCAUAUGCGAACUGUUUAGACAGUGAAGCAUGCGACAUUUACCCCGCUUCUAGUCUCACGUCGAUUCAUUUGUAAAAAUGUUUUUACUGCUAUUUUACUAUGUUCGCGUUCCCCUGUUCAAACAUUGCGUCCAUCAACCACGGGUUGUGUGCCUCAUUAUCGACUGACAGAUUGCUAUAACAUAUGUGGUUAGCUGAUAAGUCCAAUACCGAUCCAGGCGUUGUACGAUCUGGCAGGCGUCAGCAACGCCUGGGCAGAGGAAUGCGCUGAUUGUAGCCAGAGAGAGCGGUAGGCCUAUUCCGAUGAAUCAGCAUUGUGACUGUAAGUAAGGUGGGGGGAAGGGAGGAGUAACUUUAGCUGGGUGGAACUUCCACAGGAGGGAGGCAUGUUUGUUUGUGCUAUCUGGGGUCCUUGGGACAUCUCUACCCUAAACCAUAACCCAACCCACGAUAACCCGUUUACAUUUCAAUGGGAUGAUGCCAGAGUUGGACGUCACAAGGAUCCCGGAUAGCAAGUAAUAUCGGUAUUUGUAUGCGUCAGACCCUGUAUGUUAUUCACCACUCUGCCAAUGUAACGGGCCUGGAGGAUGGCUUUUCAAGACAACUGAAGAUACUAGGUUUAAUUUGUGUAAGUGUAGGCUGUCAUUUGUAAAUAAGAAUUAGUUCUUUACUGACUUUCCUAGUUAAAUAAAACACAAAGUUGAAUUUACAUCCACUUGUGUAGAGGUCAAAUUAUCAUAUGGGGCCAGAAGACUAGUUGCUUAUUGUAGACAUGUUGUCAAAUUUGUUUUUCUAUAACUACUACAGUACAAGGUUGAUUUCAAACUAAUGGUUAUAAUUAUUUAUUUUUUAAUCGCGAUACAGGCAAUAAUUUUUCAAGCCUAUCAAUGCUUUAUGGCCCUCUUGGAGUUUAAUGUCACUGUCAGAGGAAACUCUGCUGUCCUAUUUUACAAUAAAAAUGUUCACUUAAAAAAAAACAGUAUGUUACAAACAAAUUCCAAUCCACUGCAGGCAAUUUGAAAAUCAUUCAUGGUAAUCAUGUUUUUGUUGUGAUUUGCCAUACACGAGGUAGCUGGGAGUUUACUUACCAUGGAGAAUGCUCAUCAUUUGCAGACUUCACCAUUUCAGAAGUGUGGCAAAAAUGGGGUCAUAUUUGUGCCAGGUAGGCUGAUCUCCCAUGCCUUCAUCUCAACUGUGACUGACCCCUCUCCCUCAAUGUGUUAUCCUUAUAGUUAUCCUUAUAGCGAACAAGAUUUUCUCCUGUGAUCUUUGUGACUAUCAAACAAAUCAGCUCCAUCUGCAUACAAAUUCCACCCUUCAAUAUGAAAAUAUUUCUUUGCAUUACAGUGUGUGAUUCUUCAUUUUUGCCUGCAACUAACAUUUUGUUGGUUUGGUCUACAAAACGAUGCAUACUGCUCCUUGUCCUUCCAUCGUCCUGAAGCUCGAGCAACCUUCAGGUUCUCACCCAAUGCAAUGUAACACAAACUAUUUGCAUUGAGGAGGUAAAAGCGGGCAUUGUUAUUUGUAGCUGCUCAUAGCCUUUUACAGUUCCACAGCACCUGGUCCCAGUAGCCGAGUUCUAGUGUAUCACCCUCUCCCCCCUUCUGCACACACACAAGUCACCCAGUGACUUUGUAUGUAAUGUGCAUUGACGUGCUGGUGACUAUCAUGUGUUCUCCCUGCUCUAGCUGGAUGUUUGUCACUUUUAGGCUCCCGCCGCCCUGGUUGGCAGGCCGCUGUGGCUGGAGGCAAGUGUCCAACACUCGUCUCAGCACUGGAUGUAUGUACAAAGUGCUGUUUAGCCAUUAGCCAUUUUCAAUGUGUGUCUGCCAUUUUAUCUUUACUCAGCUGAAUUUUUGGGGUUAAUAUUACGAAAUGCUUGCAUCGGGAGUGGGAUCUCUUUUUCUGUUUAAGGCACUAUGUUAGAAUUGAUAAAGGUCCAAUUUCCACUUCAUCUUGUUUCGCUUUUCUUGCAAAUGGCUCCAGCAAGUCUGUGUUCAUAUUUGUUUUAGGGAUAUGUACUUAUGAUAAUGAUUUACAAAUACUGACAUUGGUCGGAAUAUGCUCUUGAUACUUUAACUAGGAAGUAAAAAAAAAAAAAUUCUGGUUUGAAGUUGAUGUCACUCUGUUUUGUCUGUAAACAGAAAUGUAUUUUUGAAUCCCUUUGUCUUAACAGGCAUUUACUAAAAUGUCAUAUUGGAAGAUGUGCUCAAUGGAUGUUGGAUAAUCAACAAAGAUCCUAUCACUUCAGACGAAUGCCUUACUGGCAUUGUUCCUCUUUCUUUCUCUCUACUGUAGCACACAAACAAGCUUUGAGUUUGCUUCCCAUUUCAAGACUGGAGAGCUAGAGUGUUCUCCAAUCCCGAGAAUAAUGGUAGCAAACUGUACCAUCUUAUCAGUGUGGCGAUCUAAGUUGGAUGUUCCACUCAGCAGGCACCUUGCAGGUCUGUCUGAAAAGAUCUGAAGGAGAGUUAAGAACAGAAGCAGUUUUUCAGUAACAUGCGGAAGCAAUGAGAAAAAGAGGAAGCCGUCCCAUAUAUAUGCCUGUGCGUCGCCGUAGAGAAAAGGCUAACAUGUACUCCAAAGGCACCAAACGCAAGUUCUCUGAUGGUGUGGACAACAAGGCGGUGGCUGCAUCCUAUAGCCUGCAGCGCCAGUCCCUGCUGGACAUGUCCCUGCUCAAGCUGCAGCUGUGCCACAUGCUGGCGGAGCCCAACCUGUGUCGCUCGGUGCUUAUCGCCAACACGGUGCGCCAGAUCCAGGAGGAGAUGGCCCACGACGGCAGCUGGCAGGUGGUCACAGAGGCCUUAGGUGGCUCUGGCCAUGGCCCAUCUGACCGCUUGGUGGACACCGAGGUUCUGUGCCAGUCGUCGGAGCAGCAGGACGGUGGGCCUAGGCUAUACUCAGUGAUGGGCUACGACGGCUGCCGUGAGGAGGAAGUGGUGACGGACAAGGCACUGUGUUCUGUGGUGGUUGGCGACAGGGCCCCGGCCCUCCUGUUGGGGACCAUUGGCCACUGCUGGGACAGGGGGGAACUGAGAGUGGAGGAUGGGGUCAGCAAAGACUCUGGUACGGGGGAGGAGGAGGGGACGAAGUCUGGGGAGGGGGCUAAAAUGGCAACGGGGCAGGUGUUUGGAACUUUCGAGAUCAAGAACGGUGCCCCUGGGUCAGACCCGGCACUAGAGGAGCUGUUCUCUGACGUUGAUGCCUCGUAUUAUGACUUGGACACCAUGCUGACAGGCAUGCAGAGUGCCCCCAAGAUGGGGCCUUACGACUUUCUGGACAGCUUGGCCUCCUCACACGGCUCUGUGUCCAACUCCAGCUGUAGAGCCGAUCUCAAUGAACUUGACCACAUUAUGGAGAUCAUUGUGGGCUCAUAGCUUACAGACUUAAAACUCGAAUACUGUUUCAUUGAUCUUGUGCCACUGCCUUUUUGUCUUGUAUGUGCGGAAAUACAGUAUUUACACACUUUCCUCUGUAUGGAAAGUGAGUGAAAUCCGUCUCCGUGCAAUGAAAUGUUCAUCUGAAAAGGUUCACGCUUUCUCAAGUCACCAUCCUUUUUCUUAUGUAUACUUUCUUUAUGUUUGUAUUUGAGUGUGUUCUCUCUUCUGUUUUUUUUUAAUGUGGUUUCUGGUUUAAUUUAUUGUACUUAUUACACUACAUCAAUUCAGAGCAGCACAACAUAUUUACAUGAACUAUACAUAUUUUCUUUAAAAAUAUAUAUAUAAGAAAAAUAUUGUUAAAACGUUUCUGUAUAAAUACACACAUUUUUUUUACUAAAGAGACAGUCUGGGAAUUGUUAUUUUUUUUUCUAUAUUUCUAUAUCCAGAACAAUUGCACAAAAGCUCUCAUUUACCUGUUGUCUUCCAAAGGUUUAACUUUGGUUGUGUCUUUGAGCUACAAGAGUAAAGAUGCAUUGUCGAAAACAUGAAUUGCGUUCAGUAUGCUCACAAUGUGAUGCACCCUUGUCUUGGUCUAUGUUUUGGUGCUACAGUAUAUGCACCAUGUACAGUAUUCCUUAUAAACACAUUGCCUUCUUGAGCCAUACAGUUUGUUUUUGCACCACGUCUAGCUUAACCUCACAGCCUAGCAUGUGGUGCCAUUUGUUUGCUAUUAGAAAUAACAUAUGUUCUUAUAUUUGUCUCAUUACAAAUGAAGAAUUGUAAUGGGUAUAUUUCUCAUUUUAUGUUACGACUUUUAGCCUAUUUUAUUUAUUAAGUGUAAACAUAUGGUGGCGUUAAACCUUGGUAAUACUUAAGGUUGUAGAAGCUUUUCAGCUUUCUGACAUGAAUUGAUAUUUUGAAAUCAUAAUGAGUUUCUGGACUUUCAUGCAUACUUUUCGUGAAGUAAUUACUUUCUUACUCAAAACAAACUGAGAACAUGUAAAGAAUUGUCAAUUUUUUAUUGCGUUCAAAGCCUGCACUCAGGCACAAGUUAAUAUUGUGAGAAAACAACUGAUUGCUGAUUAAACAGACAUGAGGUGGGAGAUCUCAUAUUUCUUUUUGAUAAAUAAGUACUGUACAUUUGACAUUUGUGACCAUGAGCUAGAGUAAAUUUAGCUUUUUUAAAUACAAGUAAACUGUAGCAGUUUUUACCAUUUUUAAUAAAGGUUACAACAUUAUCGUAAUAUGAA